GACUGAUAUAAAUGGCAUGGUGAGCUCAACAGUGCUACCUUUUGGGAAACAGUCUGCAGGGGACGAAAGGUGAUUAAAAUCUCCCGUUAAACCCAGUGUCAUUACAAAAUGAAGGCCGUGAUAGUCUUGCUGCUUGCUGUUGUGUCGCUGGGUCAUGCUGAACACAGAGGUCGGGACUAUGAACGGAACAAAGUCUGCCAAGAAUUCAUACACAUGGGAAAAGACAACUUCCGAACUCUAGCAAUCAUCAUGAACAGCAAGAAAUUCUCCAAUGCCACGUUUGAAGAGAUCAGUAACCUUGUGAAAGAGGUAGUCACCCUGGCAGAAAAGUGUUGUGCCCCAGGGGCUGACCCUGACUGCUAUGAAACUGAGUCUUCCGCUCUGUCUGCCAAGUCCUGUGAUGAAAACGCGCCUUACCCCGAGCACCCAGGGAUUGCGGCUUGCUGUACCCACGAAGGGCUCGAGCGAAAGCUUUGCCUGGCCGCCCUGCAGCAGCCAUCAAAAGAGGUCCCUACAUACGUGGAGCCUUCGAAUGAAGAACUCUGCGAGGCCUUCAAAAAGGACCCGCAGGAUUUUGCAGAUAGGUUUACACAUGAGUAUUCCAGUAACUAUGGACAAGCCCCACUGCCAGUACUAGUGGGUUUUAUAAAGAGUUACUUAUCCAUGGUUGGGACUUGCUGCAUUUCACCCAGCCCUACCGUCUGCUUCUUGAAAGAGAGACUAGAAAGAAAGUCUUCAUCCAUACUCACCACCCUGUCAAACAGAAUUUGUUCCCGCUAUGCAGUAUAUGGGAAAGAAAAAUCUAAGUUCAGCACCUUAAUCAUGCUUGCACAGAAGAUACCCUCUGCCUCGUUUGAGGACAUUUCCCCGCUAGCGGAAGACUCUGGUGAGGUGUUUUCCAAGUGCUGCAACUCCAUGGCUGAAGACUGCAUGCCGAAGGAGGUAGGAACCCCAGAAUUCAUGACAAACAGGCCUCUUCCAUCACCGAUCACAGUCGCUCGUCACUUUGUGGAGCCCGCAACCCAGAAUUCGGCCCCAAAGGCCGGGCCACAAAAGCUUGUGAGAUUUGGAUCAAAGGGAGAAACAAAGUGGGGGUUGGGUGCUUUGAGGAAUAGAUGGAGCACCCUAUCAGGUGCUGAGCAUCAGACGGAGCAUGGUGGGGAUGGUCAGUGGGGCUGGCAGAGGUGUGAUGCUGGGAAGGGAGUUUGGGAGGGGAGGGAGAGCGGCUGGGUUGAGACAGUGGUGGACGGUUGCUAAGACUGUUUCCCUCCU